AUGAAGAACAAAGUGAAAGAUAAGAUCGGCAACCCUCGCUCACAUCCCUCGGGUUCCUCUCUUCCCAAUCCCUGCAUCUUAUCGAGCUACAAAGAUUUGGACACAAUAUUUGCUUGUCCAGCUGAGCUAGGGACUAUACCACAUCCGGUCCAAGGAAAAGAUCAUAGAGAUGAUGGUUCGGCUGCCCAAUCAAGUGGGACUAAGGCAAGCCAAGUGCAGCAUUCUGACCGCACAAGGACAUUUUGGACUCCUCCAAUGGAUUACUAUCUAAUUGACUUGUUAGUGGAUCAAGUGAACAAUGGGAACAGAGUUGGGCAGACUUUCAUAACAAGUGCUUGGAAUGAAAUGGUUACAGCAUUCAAUGCCAAAUUCGGGUCUCAACACAGCAAAGACGUUCUGAAGAAUCGGUACAAACACUUAAGGAGGUUGUACAACGACAUAAAGUUUCUACUCGAGCAAAAUGGGUUCUCAUGGGAUACAAGGAGAGAUAUGGUGAUUGCAGAUGAUGGCACUUGGAAUACCUAUAUACAGGCACAUCCAGAAGCUAGAUCAUAUCGAGUUAAAACUAUUCCGAGCUAUCCAAAUCUUUGCUUCAUUUUUGGGAAGGAAACGUCGGAUGGGAGAUACACACGCUUGGCUCAAGCUUUUGAUCCCAGUCCGGCAGAAACUGCGCUGAUGAUCGAAAAUGGAAGCACAGAUGGGUUUAAAGAUACUCUGGGGGAAACUCACAGUUUCCAGAUGGUGGUUUAUUCCAGCAACGAGAAAAAUGAUUACCUCUGUAGCAAUACCGGUCCUCCUUGUAUAGAAUGGACACAGGUCAUGGACUGCUGUCUUAUUGAUCUUAUGUUAGAGCAGGUGAAUAGAGGAAAUAAGAUUGGUGAGACAUUUACAGAGCAAGCUUGGGCUGACAUGGCAGAAUGCUUCAAUGCAAAGUUCGGAUUGCAGACUGACAUGUUCAUGCUGGAGAAUCGUUACAUAUUGAUGUUGAAAGAGCGUGACGACAUCACCAGUAUCCUCAAUCUUGAUGGCUUUACUUGGGAUGAGGAGAACCAAACCAUCGUUGCAGAAGAUGAAUAUUGGAAAGCAUAUAUCAAGGAUCAUCCAGAUGCAACUAUAUAUAAAGGCAAAACCUUGGAUAGUUACGGCAAUUUGUGCAAGAUACAUGAACAUCUCUCCCAAGAUAGUUUCAAUUGUGAGAAUCUAAUGAUAGAGUUGGAAAGCUAUGGCCAUGAGAUGGAAAUAGUCAAUGACUUUAGUUCACCACACAAGCAGCAGAAUAAGCGACCUAAUCCAACAACUCCACCUUUGGAGCUAACAACUGUACAUAAGGCUCAGAAGACCGGACUUGAGACGAGGAAGCCUCUGUUUGAGGCAGAAGGUGAUGAUGAUGGUUGCACAAAGCCAAUUCCUCGGAACGAAAUUUACUCAGGAAUAGGAAAUGCCAUUGAUGCAUUGCAAGCUUUGCCUGAUAUGGACGAUGAGUUUCUGCUGGAUGCUUGUGAUCUUUUGGAAGAUGAGAGGAAAGCAAAGACAUUCUUGGCUUUGGACGUCUCGUUACGUAGGAAAUGGCUGGUGAGAAAGCUUCGCCCUUCAUCUAAAUUUUAAACCAAUGGGUCUCUCUCUCUUUGAAGCCAAUCAGCAACCAAGUUAUAAACCAAGCUUUGAGCACAAUACAAGAUUAGUUUCUGUAAGGUUUUGUAAAAAUAACAAUCUUUGUUUUGGUUCAAGGGUAUUGUAAAAUUGUGUAAUGAUCUUAGAUACUAACGCAUAAUUUGGAUAAUAUGCAGAGGCUGAUCAGAACAUAA